CCGUUCCCUAUUGUCUGCUCUUUAUAUCGCUCAUAUUCGCCAUGAUUGUGAUGUUGACGUCUGGCUCGAGCAUGAUACAUUGGCUGCACGCCGAUCAACACUGGACUCAAGAACAACUCAAGCAAGGCGACUACUUCGUCUUAUCCUACCUGUUGUUGAUAGUCACGCCUAUAUUCUUCAUUGUCUGCUCCCUCAAUUGUUUUAUAUUUGCGAUGAUGAUAGCAGGCUUUUCUUCUCCAAGCAUGAUCUGCCGCGCCGUCACUGCGCUCUGGCUGGUCAUAUACGUUGUCAAUGUUGGGAUGAUUUUGAUGGAAGCUAUGUGGAAAUAUGCGACAAGCCUCAAUCACGCUGGUUAACGUCAAUAGUUUCCAGUUUGCUCCUUGUUUUAUCCGCGGUUUGUAUAUGUUGUAUAUAACCUGAUG